AUGAGUACAAAAGAUCGGAAAAGACGUGGAAAAUGGGAUACUUACAAAUCUCAAUAUAAUGCUGAUGAACAAUCAGGAUCCUCUGGAAAUGGUGGAAAUUCGGAAAAAGAUACAAGUGCAAGUGAGUUCUUUUUUUCAAAAAUUGCAAUUUCGGGCCGAAAUGUUUUUAUCGAACAUUUUUGAAAAAAACAUGAAAAGAAACCUUCAAUUUUAGUUCCAAAAGCGGCGUCGCAAAAUUUGAGCCAAGAAGGAAAUGUUGUAUUGACGGAUGAAUUUGGUGGAAAAGACUAUCGUCGAGAUAUGCCACUAAAAGCUGAUUAUAUGAGUAGACCACUUUGGGUCGCACCCGAUGGACACAUUUUUCUCGAAUCUUUCAGUCCAGUUUACAAACAUGCUAGAGAUUUUUUGAUCGCUAUUUCUGAGGUAAUUUUUUGUUGCUCUUUUGACAAGGGAACUGUUUCAACUUUCAAUCGAGAUUUUUAAUGAAAUUUAUGUUUUCUAGUAGUUUUCGACCCGCUAAUCACGAUUUUGUAAUCUAAAACUGUUAAGCUCAACCCCUAACAUGAGUUAUGACGUGGCAAAGAUCGAAAAUUGCGACUUUGGGAGGUCAAAACAAUGGUUUUCAUAAAAUCUGGUAAAAUAGAGUUGUUCAGAAGGCUCUUAUAUACCUCGCAAUUUUUCGAUCUUUGCCACGUCAUAAUUCAUGUUAGUAGUUGAGCGUUGCAGUUUCAGAUAACAAAAUCGUGGGGUCGAAAAAUACGAGAAAACAUAAAUUUCUUCAAAAAUCUCGAUUGCAAAAGUUCCUUUGUGAGAUAAGAUAAAUCUAAUAUAUUUUGUUUCAGCCAGUUUGUCGUCCUCAACAUAUUCAUGAAUAUCAAUUGACUGCAUAUUCGCUUUAUGCAGCAGUUUCAGUUGGAUUACAGACGAAUGAUAUCAUUGAAUAUUUGGAGAGAUUGAGUAAAUCACAUCUUCCAAAAGGAAUUAUUCAGUUUAUUCAGGUAAGCUUUAAAAAGGAAGGGAUUUUGAGUCGGGGUAACCUAGAUUUUCGCUUUUCCUUUAAAAUGUCUAGUUUUACUGCGUAGCUAACCAUUUUCUAGUUUUAUAAGGCAUUCUGAAAAUCUGAUAUUUUCCCCUUCCCAAAAGGUUUUUUUGCAGAUGUGCACAGUGAGUUAUGGAAAAGUGAAGCUCGUCCUCAAACACAAUCGAUAUUUCGUCGAAUCGCGACAUUCUGAUGUAAUGCAAAAACUUUUGAAAGACAAAGUUAUCCAAUCUUGCAUUCUCGAUGACAGAGAGAAACCAGUUGAGCAGACGGAAAUUCAAACACAGGAAAAAAUCAAAUUCUCACACGAAACAACUGAAAAAGAAAAAGAAGUUGGCGAAAACUCGGCAGUUCCCGCAGAUAUUGAUGAAUUUUACGGAAAAAUGGAUGGAGAUGAUGAAGAAGAUGCAGAGAUUCGAAGUUUGCAAUUAUUGACAUUUGAGAUAAAACAAGAGAGUAUUGAGAUUGUACAAAAACGAUGUAUUGAAUUGGAAUAUCCACUUUUGGCUGAAUAUGAUUUUAGAAAUGAUACAAUGAAUCCAAAUAUGGGAAUCGAUUUGAAACCAUCAACAACACUUCGGCCAUAUCAAGAAAAAUCGUUGAGAAAAAUGUUUGGAAAUAGUCGAGCGAGAAGUGGUGUGAUUGUUUUACCGUGUGGUGCUGGAAAAACAUUGGUUGGUGUGACUGCGGUAACUACGGUUAAUAAAAGAUGUUUGGUGUUGGCGAAUUCGAAUGUAUCAGUUGAACAAUGGAGAGCACAAUUCAAAUUAUGGUCGACAAUUCAGGAUAAACAAUUGAUUCGAUUUACGAGAGAAGCUAGAGAUCAACCACCAACUGGAGCUGAUGCUUCAAAGGUUUUUGUUGGGGCCGGGAUUAAAAAACAAGUUUUUCAAAUAAAAUUAUAGAAUUUCCACGUGGCAUUUCUUGAUCUCUUUAGUUUUUGAAAUUUCUCGGAGUUUAAAUUUUCAGAAAGUUAUUCUUUAAUUUGUUGAAAUACUAAAGAAAAAAACUGAUUUUUUUCUAAAAAUUUUCAAGAUUCCAGAAUUUUCCUAUUCAAAAAUCCCGCUUCAAAAGAUCUGAUUGAGCUCUGUAGUUUUUGAAAAUUUUCGUAAGCAGUUUUCAGAACAAAAAUUUCAGAAAGCUGUUUUAAAAAUUUGAAAUUCUAAAGAAAUUCGGAAAAAACUGAUAAAUUUUGAUCUGAUUUUUUUCUAAAAAUUUUCAAGAUUCCAGAAUUUUCCUGUUCAAAAAUCCCGCUUCAAAUUUAGUUCUAUGAAAAGUUAAAAAAAAAAACAAUUUUCAGCCAGUGGUUUGUAUCAGCACAUAUUCAAUGGUUGCUUAUACUGGAAGACGUACAUUUGCAGCUGAAGAAGCUAUGAAAUUUAUUGAAUCUCAAGAAUGGGGUCUUUUACUACUUGAUGGUAAUUUUCUCCUCCCCAUCUUCUAUCUAACUCCACUAACCAAAAACUUUUCAGAAGUGCACACGAUUCCUGCGAAAAUGUUCAGAAGAGUUCUUACAAUUGUUCAGGCUCAUUGUAAAUUGGGUCUCACAGCGACUUUGGUUCGAGAAGAUGAUAAAAUCACAGAUUUGAAUUUCUUGAUUGGCCCAAAAAUCUACGAGGCAAAUUGGAUGGAAUUGCAAAAAGCGGGACAUAUUGCGAAAGUUCAAUGUGCUGAAGUUUGGUGUCCAAUGACUUCGGAAUUCUAUUCAUAUUAUCUUCGAGCUCAAAUUGCGCGAAAACUUCUGCUUGCUGUUAUGAAUCCGAAUAAAUUCAGGAUUUGUCAAUUUUUGAUUCGAUUCCAUGAAAGAAGAAACGAUAAAAUUAUUGUGUUUUCGGAUAAUGUUUUUGCGCUCAAAAAAUAUGCGAUCGAAAUGCAAAAACCGUUUUUAUAUGGUGAAACUUCGCAAAAUGAACGAAUGAAAAUUCUACAAAACUUCCAAUACAAUCCAAAAGUCAACACGAUUUUUGUGUCAAAAGUUGCUGAUACUUCAUUCGAUUUACCCGAAGCAAAUGUUUUGAUUCAAAUUUCGGCGCAUGGAGGAUCGAGAAGACAAGAAGCGCAGAGAUUGGGAAGAAUUCUUCGAGCAAAAAAACAUUCAACUGAUCAAUUUAAUGCAUUUUUCUAUUCAUUAGUAUCACAGGAUACUGUAGAAAUGGGAUAUUCGAGAAAAAGACAAAGGUGAGAAAAAAUAUUUUUGAUUGAUUCAGAAAUUGUUUCAAAAUUCUGAAUAUUUCCGAAAGAAACACCUGAAUUCCUCCAAUUUUUUCCAGAUUCUUGGUCAAUCAAGGUUAUGCAUAUAAAGUUGUCAAUAAAUUGCCUGGAAUGGAAAACGAGGAUUUGAAAUAUGGAACAAAAGAGUUACAAAUUCAACUUCUUCAACAAGUCUUAGCUACUUCGGAUGCGGACGCGGAAGAAGAAGAUAUUAAAGAAGAAUUGGCGGAUGGAACAAUUAAAGUAUCGAGAAGAGAAGCGACAAUGUCAAGUAUGAGUGGAGGACAAGGACCACAAUAUCAUGCGAAAGCUAGGGUUCGUUUUUUUUUUUGGAAAAUAAUUUUUUUAUGGACCCAGAUUUUUUUCAAAAAUAUUCGGUAGAAAAAAUAUUUGUGAAAAACUACUUUUCUAGUACUAAUUUUACAAGAAGAACCCAUUUUCGGACCUGAAAACGAGCCCAAAAUCUCAAAAAUUAAGAAUUUUCCAGGCAAUCACCGAACGUCAUCCAUUAUUCAAACGGUUCCGAACAUAA